AUGUUUCUCUGGAGUAUGGACAGCAAGAAACCCUUAUGUCGUUUAACGGGUCAUCAGAAGGUGGUGAAUAAUGUCCAGUUCAGUCCUGAUGGCCGUAUGAUCGCCAGCGCUAGUUUCGACAAGUCCGUGCGCCUGUGGGACGGCGUAACAGGAAAGUUCAUCUGUGCUCUACGUGGUCAUGUUGCUGAUGUUUACAUGGUGUCAUGGUCAGCCGAUAGUCGUAUGCUUGUUUCUGGCUCUAAGGAUUCUACUGUGAAGGUCUGGGAUGCCGGCAAGAGGAAGCUGAAGGAGGACCUGCCCGGUCACGCUGAUGAGGUCUUCGCGGUGGACUGGAGUGGAGAUGGUGCCCGAGUGGUCAGCGCUGGUCGCGAUAAGGUUGUUAAAAUAUGGAAGCACUGA